AUGAGUACGAAAAUCAUACCUGCACGCGGCGGCGCUCAAAGUAAAUCGCCUUUGAGUGGCCUCCCUAAUCAAACUUUAUAUUGUACGAAUCUACCGGAUAAACUUCGGAAACAUGAUUUGCGACUGUCCCUCUACAUGCUUUUCUCCACAUACGGCACUGUUCUGGAUGUUGUCGCUAUGAAAACCGACAAAAUGCGUGGCCAGGCUCAUAUUGUGUUCAAGGAUGUCCAAGCUAGUACGCAAGCCAUGCGCGCUCUCCAGGGGUUCGAGUUCUUUGGCAAACAAAUGAAAAUUAUGUAUGCCAAAGGCACUUCAGACGUUAUCGCUAGACUUCGUGGAACCUAUAACCUGUCGGUCACUACCUCCGGUGGGCAAGCUGUGGCGGCGUCUACUGAGCUGCAAAAGUCAAUCUUUAGCGGACCUCCUGGGUCAGCAACACUGCCCACGAAACAUACUGGGGAGGUCAACGGGGAGGUCAACGGGGAGGAGCCGACAGCUCACGGGUUAAAAAGGCCGCGUGAGGAAGAAAGUGACGAAGAGGAUGCUCCCAUGGAUGAAGAUAGUGAUGUUCCUAUGGAAGCAUCCUCCGACGAAGACUAA